GGAAAUCUUUCCGUUAAAUAAAAAUAAAUAUCUCUGAAAAGGUAAGCUCCCCAUUUCCCUGAAAAAUCAUAUAAGGCGGCGAGAACACCAUUCCUACUCAUUCUUCUCUCUCUAUUUUAAGGUCUUCAAUGGCGACCUGUCCCUGCGCUCUUUCCAGGUUGUAGCGUUUCCUGAGAGAGGGAUUCUUUGGAUAUGGAAGAGCCAGGGCAGCUUAAACGGGCCUUCAUUGAUGCUACGGCUGGGGCAAUUGCGGGUGGUAUAUCUCGCACCGUGACAUCCCCUCUUGAUGUUAUCAAGAUUAGAUUUCAGGUUCAACUGGAGCCCACAUCUUCAUGGGCUGUGGUUCGUGGAAAUAUAUCUGGACCUUCAAAGUAUACUGGAAUGCUUCAGGCAACAAAGGAUAUAUUUAGGGAAGAAGGUUUACCGGGUUUCUGGCGUGGUAAUGUCCCGGCUUUACUUAUGGUUAUGCCAUAUACUGCCAUACAAUUUGCGGUGUUAAACAAAAUAAAAACAUUUGCCUCUGGUUCUUCCAAGACAGAUGAUCAUAUUCAUUUGAGUCCUUAUCUUUCUUACGUCAGCGGAGCAUUAGCAGGAUGUGCAGCUACUGUUGGAUCGUAUCCGUUCGAUCUUUUACGAACAGUAUUAGCGUCACAGGGUGAACCAAAGGUGUAUCCCACCAUGAGGGCUGCAUUUAUUGACAUUAUCAGAGCUCGUGGCUUCCGAGGGUUGUAUGCUGGAUUGACUCCAACUCUAGUAGAGAUUAUUCCCUAUGCUGGUCUGCAAUUUGGAACCUAUGAUACAUUUAAGCGUUGGGCCAUGGCCUGGAAUCGCCAUCAUUCUUCUAUUCCAAGUUCAGUAGGUACUGAUGACAGCCUUUCUAGCUUUCAACUUUUUGUCUGUGGGUUAGCAGCUGGGACCUGUGCCAAACUUGUCUGCCAUCCUCUUGAUGUGGUCAAGAAAAGGUUCCAGAUUGAAGGAUUACCAAGGCACCCCAAGUAUGGGGCUCGGGUGGAGCAGCAUGCUUACAAAAAUAUGAUUGAUGCGCUACGUCGGAUAGUUGUGGCAGAAGGUUGGGCUGGUCUUUAUAAGGGCAUCGUCCCUUCGACUGUUAAGGCCGCACCUGCUGGUGCUGUAACAUUUGUUGCAUAUGAAUAUACAUCAGAUUGGUUAGAGUCUAUUUUGACUUGAGUCUAACCAAAUUUUUUGAUUUCAUUUUUGGAUCAUCUCAUUCUUCACAUAGAAAUGCCUUCACACUAGUCAAAGAAGUGGGUAUCAUUAGGACAUUAUAUCUUAGGCUUGCCAAUUUGUACUUAUAGAGAGACUAUGAUUAGAUUUGGGGGGUAAGAGUUCAAUGCAAGUGUAGUUUAUACUUUUUCCAUUGGUAAGAUCUUGAAGUUUCUCGUAUACUUGGCUCUUUUGUAUAGAGCUGAGUUGAAAGUUGAAAUGCCAAUCUUGUAAGUUUGAAGGCCA